AUGCCCAGCCGUAAAUGGUCGCUAACGGGGAAUUUUCCCGUGCGAUCGGUAGACGCGAUAAAAUAUACGGGACCCAACAAACAUGCAUUUGGUCGUGACACGGUGCCAAGGGGCCACGACUGUUUGGCGACGAACAGUGGUGACUCGCCGGAAUUAAGACGCGAGUGCUUUCCAAACGAAAGGCGCCGGCCGCCGCAAUCAUCCGGGAAUCGGCGGCGGGGCAAUUAUGAUCGCUUUUUGCCCGAGACCCGUUAUGUCGGCUUAGGCGCGGUGCAAAAACGCAGCGGGCGCAGUAUACGGGCACACGUCGCGUCGGCCGCACGCCGCCCAGCCAGCAACAUGUCGCCGCGAGCGUUGGUAGCACUGGUCGCUAUAGCCUGCGUCUGCCAGGCAGCGGCGUUGCCGGUCAGGCGAACGCUCAACUUCAACAUGUUCGUACUCAAGCCCAAGGAGGGAGCUCCGGAGCGCACCGUACUCACCACCGACGGCGUUUCGAGGUUCGGCCCGAUCAUCGAGUACCUGGUGCAGCGAGUCCAGGGGCUGAUGUCGGUGAGGAAGCCGCCGGACCAGCUGGGCAGCUUCCAGCCCCUGCCGGAGGUGGCCAACGCAGCCGAGAACGAGGUGGACGCCGUCCAAGAGUCGAGGAUGCCCGGGAUCGUGGUGCGACCGUCGCUAACGAAGCCCGGCACCUACGAGGUGGAGAUCGACGUGGUGGUCGACGACGCACAACCGCUUGGCCUGAAAAAGGAC